UUAGGGUUGGUGUGAGCCCACCCUCCCUUCCUUGGAGCACUGCGUCUUGGAGACAGUGCUUCACUCGCCCUGCUUACAUGAGCCAGCAGGAUGCGGCUGCGGUCCUUGCACUCUCUGAGCGCCUCCUUGUAGCCUCGCAUAAGGGCCAGGCCGACAAUGUGGUCCAGCUCAUCAACAAGGGCGCCAAAGUAGCCGUCACCAAGGAAGGAGGAGGAGUUGCAAUUUGCAGUAUUUGGAGAGGAAGAGGAAUGUGUUGGUUACAAAUGAACACGGCCAUGAGGGACGCUCUCUGAUGCUGAUUUUACCCGCGUGUGUGUAUGUGUCACUUGUGCGAAGGAGCUUUUCCAUCGUUCCAUCUGGCUGUCCGCGACCACAGCUGUGGGAGCACAGAUCUGGUACGGCAGAAGUCCCCUGCAUCUGGCCUCCUAUAAGGGCCACAUCGAGGUUGUGCGCAUUCUCCUGAAGGCCGACUGCGAUCUGGACAUCCAGGACGAUUGUAGUUUCUCCUGCGUGCGGACGCCCUUUCCAUUUCUCUAAGACUGUCACGCUAGUAGUAUAAUGACCUCCAGUGGCCUAGAGUGGGAUUAUUUGGAUUGCCAGUUUGAGGCAUGCAGCAGACCUCCACGGGUCUCACCCUCUGGGUGCAGGUCAACCUUCCUCCCCCUCCGCAGUCCCACAGCCACAGAUAAUGGUCCAAAGCUCUGGCGCUCCCAAAUUCUCUCCAUCUGGUCAAUGAGCUCCCGAUCCCGAACGGGCCACAGCGCAUCCUCUGCCACCAACGGGGGGGAGUGGUCGCAAGGAGGAGGGGGAGGAGGGGAGAGAGAGAGACGGCCGUGGAGGAAGGCUGCUGGAACUGGGCCUGGGAGAGAGCCUGGAAGAUCAGGGAGAGUGAAGAAGGAGGGUGAGCAGACAGCCUUACACCGGGCAGCCGUGGUGGGAAACAAUGACGUUAUCUCUGCCCUCAUCCAGGAAGGGUGUGCUCUGGACAGACAGGACAAGGACGGUAACACUGCUUUGCAUGAGGUCUCGUGGCACGGCUUUAGCCAGUCUGUCAAACUGCUGGUCAAGGCCGGAGCCAACGUUCAUUCAAAAAACAAGGCAGGGAACACGGCCCUCCACCUGGCCUGUCAGAACGGCCAUGCUCAGAGCUCCAAGGUCCUGCUGUUAGGUGGCGCCAGGCCCGACAGCAAGAACCAUGUGGGUGACACGUGUCUGCAUGUGGCGGCCCGCUACAACCACGUGUCCAUGCUCCGCAUCCUCCUGGGAGCCUUCUGCUCCGUGGCAGAGAAGAACCAGGCUGGCGACACACCGCUGCAUGUUGCAGCAGCGCUGAAUCAUAAGAAAACGGUGCGGCUUCUGCUAGAGGCUGGAACAGAGAGCAGCAUCCUCAACAACGCAGGCCAGACUGCACUGGACCAGGCCAGAGACCACAACAACCCAGACAUAGCUCUGCUUCUGACCAAAGCACCUCAGGUCCAGAGCUUCACCCGAGGCAGGAUUGUGAGGAAGAGGAGGGACAAGCUGAAGGCUGAGCGCCGAGCACAGUCUGUCCCCAGGGAUGAGAUGCUCCCCAGGAAGGACAGCGCAUCUGCUGCCGACGACACCCACAGCAGCGACCUCGUCGCCCUCAAACACGAGGUGGUCGAGGCGAGCGCCAGCAAGAGCACAAACAGGAAGGUCAAAGAGAAGCCCUCGCUCUCCGACCCCCUCCGCCGGAAAGGGAACAAACACGGAAAGAAGAGGGGGGGCCAACUGCGUGGCUCCUCCCCCCAGGCCCCGCCUCACAACUACAAGGCCUAUCAGCUGUACACUCUGUACCGCGGCAAGGAUGGCAAAAUCAUGCAGGCGCCUAUCAAUGGCUGCCGCUGUGAGCCUUUGAUCAUCAAGCUGGAGAACCAGCUGGAGGCCACCAAGGAGGAGAUGAAGACGGAGAUCCACACGGUGCAGGACCUGAUGAACAACAAGAUGGGACAGUUGGACCGCAAGAACAAACAUCAGAUCCGUGCCCUAGAUAAGAUGACAGUAGAGAGAGUUUCAGCGGAGAGGUCAGAGUGCCAACACAGGAUCGACCAGAGGGCCACGCAGGAGAGACAGGAGAGGGAGAAGAGACAGCAGGCAUCAGUGGUGAACGAGCUGAAAAACUGGUGCUUGGCCAAGCUCCAGAACAUUGAGGUGCGUUUCACCGGAGACCCCCGCAACGCCAAGCUGCGUCAGUCCUCGUCCAUGGCUGAAGGCCUGUGUGAGAUGGACCCUGGGGGCCUCACUGUGCUGCCUGCAGGGGGGCCUGGGUGCAGCGUCGAGUGUCUGGCCCCCCACACCACUGACCUCACCGAGGGAGACCCCAACACGGCCGCCACAGAGGACCCCUCAGCCAAUCACAACUUUGGGGUUCAGGUGGACAGCUCUCCAGAUGGUGGUAAACAUCACAAGCGAGAAAAGAUCUCCUCCCCAACUCCCGCUAAGUCCCUGUCCCCAUCUCCCCAAGUGGUGCGGCCCAAGGAACGCUCGCUGUGUUGUACUGACCCCCGCAGGCCAUACCAGGGACUGCAGGACAUGGCACUGCUGGAUUUGGCGCCGAGCAUCGGCGGCAACAACCAGCGGGCCAGCAGCCUGUCCCCAGCCACCGAGCGCCGCUGCAGCAGCAGGCAGGACAAGGACUGCGACAGGGAGAGGGAUAAAGACAGGGAGCGGGGCAGGGACAAGGGCAAGCACCACAAGAGGCACUCCCAGGGCAGAAGAACUAAGACCAAGGGGGACAAGGGGGCCUCGGUGGGGCAGGCCGAGGGGACUCAGACUCUGGGGGUGUUUGGGGAGAGAGCCGUGGAGAGAGGCGUGGGGGAGGGCUUUGAAAAGGAGAGGGAGAACACGCACGCCCUGGAGGUGACACAGUACUUCUUCGAGGCGGUGUCGACCCAGAUGGAGCACUGGUAUGAAAGGAAGAUCCAGGAGGCCAGGUGGCAGGCGGACCAGCGUGCUCAGGCAGACAGAGCUUCCCUGGUGGAGAGGAUCACCUACCUGGAGGACGAGCUACGCAUGCUCAGGACUAACAGGCACGACGACAGCUAACACAGGGACGCCACUGCAGAGUAUAGAGCUAUACCUUCAGAACAGCAACAAAACAUCAUCUGAGCUCAUUACAGAUGGCACCCUGGAUCAACUGGACCCACUGACCAACAAAAAUUGUCAUUGACUGAAUUUAGCAGAUUUAAUACUUUUGGUAAAUAAUGUCAUGCAACAGUAGAAAAUCAUCUGUAUAGUAACUUAUUUUAAAGACAUGUUAUGGCAUGCCAGACUAUUCAGUA